AUGACCUCUCAGGCUUCAGUCAACGCGAUGGCGGGGUUCUCAACUCCAGUCGAAAGUCCAGCGUCGACGAUGAACGACGAAAGACCUGUGAAGUCCAAAGGUAAAUGGCUUCAAAGGAUAUCUUCCUCGCCUACACUCGCACAGUUCAGUCGGAGACGAGCGAAGACUAGUCCAUAUAGUAGCAGGUCUACGCUUUCCUGUAUAAGUUUCGCUCCUCUGAUAUCGGAGAGUCCUGCAACACAGUCAACAACAGAAGGACGUUCCUCUGGAGCGCCAGCCUCGGGCCCAGCCUCAGGAUUAGCCUCAGGACUAGCCUCAGAAGUAGAUUCAACGCCAGCCACUCCAGGUCCCGAUACUCCAUAUUAUGACCCAGUAUAUCGUCACAUUGCUCUUCGGCGUAUCGAGAACGAAGCCAUGGCUGGCGUAUCAACUCUUCCGCAGGAGCUGAAACAAAUGUCCAUCGCAGAUGUAAAGAGACCUGCGUCUUCUUCAUCUGCGAUUCUGGAAAUCGUCGAAGAUUAUUUUACAGAACCCUUGACAGCAAAACCUAAACUCUGCAAAAAUAGCAACUUCAAAUUUUGGGAAGAAAUGCCGCACGAAAUCAAGUUGCAUAUUUUCGCAUUCUUGAAGCCGAAGGAAUUAGUAAGAGCCUCCAAUACUUGUCGAGAUUUUCAUAAGACCUGUUUUGAUGGGCAGCUCUGGACAUGCUUCGAUGCUUCCGAAUUUUAUGCCGAAAUACCCGCCGAGUCUCUGGCGAAGAUCAUAGUAUCGGCAGGUCCCUUUAUUAAAGAUUUGAACCUCCGAGGUUGUGUACAGGUCGAGCAUUAUAAACGUGCAGAAGUGGUCGUGAAGGCAUGCAAGAAUCUCAUAAAUGCAACUCUUGAAGGAUGUCGAAACUUUCAGAAAGCAACUCUACACAACCUUUUGAAAAGCAAUGGAAGAUUAGCCAACCUGAACCUCACUGGGUUGUCGGCUGUCACAAAUGCAACGUGCAAGAUCAUAGCACAAUCUUGUCCACAUCUUGAGAUGUUCAACGUUUCAUGGUGUACUCACAUGGAUGCGCUUGGUUUACAGCUUGUCAUUCAAGGCUGCCCGAAAUUGAAGGAUCUUCGCGCCGGAGAAGUCAGGGGCCUCGAAAACGAGGAUCUGGCACUUCUAAUAUUCGAGACCAAUCAACUUGAGCGACUCGUUCUUAGCGGCUGUACGGAUAUCACUGAUAAUAUUCUCAAAACAAUGAUCCACGACUUGGAAGAUCUUAUCGAACUUACAAAUAACUUACUAUCUAAUCAUCUCGCCAAGGCUCCUUGCGCUUCAACCCUCCAACACCUCUCGCUAAGCUACUGCGAGAACCUAGGCGAUGCUGGUAUGCUUCCUGUUAUCCGUGCCUGUACCAGUCUCCAAAAUAUUGAUAUGGAUAACACGAGGAUUAGUGAUCUAAUUCUCGCCGAGGCAGCGACCAUGGUUCGUCUGCGAUCUUCACGUACAACAAAUUCACGAUCACGUCCCUCCACUGGUCUGCGCAUGGUAGUAUUCGACUGUUCAAAUGUCACGUGGACCGGAAUUCGCGAAGUCCUAUCUCGAAAUUCGGAAAUAACGAAGCCAGACAAUGAUGUAAACAGAUACACAUUCCCCACGGAAAUCAUAACACUCAAAUGUUUUUAUGGUUGGCAAUUAACCGUGGACGAACAUACGAAGCGAGUGCUAAGGGGUGAUCUUUCCGCGGCUGCAAGGUUGGAGAGAAAGUGGACCGAGUAUAUGAUGGCGAAUGAGGAGGCGGGGGCAGAUGGUGCGGGCAUCAGAAGGAGAAGGAGAAGGGCCAGAGAAGCGCAGCUGAUGCAUGCAGAUGAAGAGGAAGGUGGGGUAGCUGCCGGUGGAGUUGGAAGGAGAAGAAGGGCGAGAAGCAGUGCGUGCGCAAUCAUGUGA